AUGACACCAAUUGUAACGGUGAUAGGCUCCUUGAACUAUGACUUAGUUACGUUUACUACUCGAGUACCCCGGGCAGGGGAAACUUACCAAGCGAGCUCGUUUGAAACGCAUAUUGGUGGAAAAGGUUUGAAUGAAGCUCUUGCUGUUGCGAGGUUGUCUCCCAAGAAUAAGGUAAUCACACGAAUGGUGGGUAAGAUAGGCACUGAUGAUUUUGGCAGGAAUUUGAAACAAUGUUUGUUAGAGGCAAAAGUAGAUGUCGAGUUUUUGGAGACAAUUGAAGGGCCAUCGGGUGUUGCUGUGAUUAUGGUGGAAGAAGAUAGCGGCGAGAAUAGAAUACUUAUCACUGCUGGGGCUAAUGGUCAUUUAACAAUGAGUGAUGAAGAGUAUGAAAAGAUAUUCGACAAAUCGGUUGAUGGAAAAGGAGGGUUUGUCGUAUUGCAAAAUGAGUAUCCAGACACUUGUAAGAGCAUAUCAUGGUUGAAAGAGAAUCGACCGCAGAUCAAUAUUGCAUACAAUCCAUCGCCAUUCAAACCUGAAUUGGUGACAAGGAAACUUUGGCGUAUGAUUGACUUUUUAAUCGUUAAUGAAGGAGAAGCACAAGAUGUUGCGAAGCUUCUUUUACCUGAUGUCAUUUUUGAAGCGAGUAUUGAAGGAUUCAAGAAAAUGGCCAUUGAAAUUCAAAAGCUAUUAAAUCAAGAAAAUAUACAAACUGUGGUUAUAACAAUGGGAAGUAAAGGGUGCAUUUAUUACACUGGAAAAGAGGAAAAACCAAGUUUUGUGAAGGCUCAAAAGGUGGACAAAGUUGUUGACACCACAGGGGCAGGGGAUACAUUUUUUGGUGGAGUGGUUUCUAAUUUAGCUCUAGGUUAUGAUAUUUCCAAGGCAAUCAGUUUCGCUACUAUAGCUAGCAGCUUAGCUAUACAAAAGAAAGGAGCUGCUGAAGGUAUACCAAUCUAUUCAGAAGUCAUUGAAAAGUUACAUGGGGUAAAAUAA